CACAAGUAAGUCUAAUAUUCAUUGGAUGCGUACAUUCGAAAUAGCAGGAAAAAUGAGAAUUUUGUUAAAACACCUAUCAAAACAAAACACUGUCAGCUUUUGCGUGUCACUUUUUGAAACUUAAAUUGUUAGUCGAGAUGAGUUCUAAGAUGUUUUGUCGGGCUUGUGGGAAGCAAAUGAAUAUUGAUUGCCAAGGAAUUUAUCUAUUCGGUCGAAAUACGAAUAUUUUGGAAAUAUUCACAAAAUGUACAUCGUUGAAAAUUGAUCAAACAGACAACUUACCGGAGUACUUAUGUGAUAAAUGUGGUAGUAAUCUGGAUAGGUUUUACGAAUUUAUUAUAAACUGCGAAAAGACUGACAUAUUCUUUCGACAAAGACUGGCUAGCCAAGAGUUCUCUCACUGUCAUGAAAAAGGACGCGUUUCUGUGACAUCUGCACAGGAUAUCGAAAUAUCAAAUGUCGAAGCGAUAUCUACACACGAUAUCGAAAUAUCAAGCGAUUCAAGUGUUGACUGUGUAACGAAACCCAUCGUUCCAGGUGGUAAAUAUGUCUGUGUUUAUUGUGGGAAAAAGUUUAAGAGAAAAGAGGCUCUUGACGGUCACAUUAGAGAGCAUCAAGGAUUGGAUCCAUUCGAAUGUGAACAGUGUGGAACAACGUUUCAAAAACUAAGGAGCCUGAUCCUUCACACAAAUGCCAGACACAACGACAAUUUCCAAAAAAUACCAUGCAAUUAUGAUGGAUGUGAUAAGGCAUUUACCACAAAGUUUGGAUUAAAUGAGCAUCUGAAUAACAUACACUUGGGUGUCAGAAAGCCCAGAACGCCUUCCCAGAUUUCGUAUAUAUGCGAACUUUGCGGAAAAACUUUCAAAAACCGAACUUUGUUGAAGAAACAUUCAUAUUCUCAUAGUGGCGAACGGCCUUUCGCCUGUAUAUAUUGCGCAAAGACAUUCACCGUCAAGGACAAGCUAAAGAAUCACAUUAUGCGCCAUGAAAAUAUAAAGAAUUUUGAGUGCAGUCAUUGCGGAAUGAGAAAGGUGACAAAGGCCGAAUUGAAAAUUCACAUGAACAGUCAUACAACAGGAAAAUUGUAUCCGUGUCCACAAUGUCCUGCUGUUUUUACACGUGAUGGUUGCAAUGCAAAACGACAUUUCCGUAUCGUUCACCGCGGCUAUAAACCAUACAAAUGCACCACAUGCGAACAGGCUUUCAGUAAAAAGGAAACUCUUAAGCAUCACGAGAUGACACAUUCGGGUGAAAAGCCACAUGCCUGUACAUUUUGCGACCGAAGAUUCAUCCAACUCAUCGCUUUAAAAAAGCAUCUCAAAGUGCACAAUAAACAUGAAUUAGUGCUGGCAAAAAGUAGUCCUCAAAUCACUGACAAUGUGAGCACCUGAUGCAUGAUCUGAAAUUCGCCAAUGAUUCUCUUUUACAUGAAUUUCCAUUUU